AUGAAGAAAUCUGGAUUUCUUCACGGACAAACUUCGUCUCCGAUGCAAUCUCUCACUGGGUCCUUCUCAUCUUUGCAGAUGGAUACUGGGACCAAUACUUCAAUGGUUAGCACAAUCUUUGAACCCCCGGAUUUGACUACCAUUGACGCGGAUCUUUUAGUAGUCAUUAAAAGUCUCCAAAAAAGAGAUAUCACAACCAAGUGUCGCGCACUACAAGAUUUAAUUCAAUGGAGCAAAAUUGCUCAGUUUGAAAAUGAACAAUUUUUGGACGCCUGGGCCGUUUACUUUCCUCGUUUGGCUAUUGAAACAGAUCGACGAGUACGACAAUAUGCUUUUACAUUUACUGGUCUGUUAUCUUCAAACUUUCAAAAGAAACUUGCUCCCUGGCUAAAAGCCUACAUCACGCCCUGGAUGAUGGGUUUUUUUGAUGUUGAUAAAACAGUCUCCUUUGCUGCCCGUAAUUCACUCAGCAAAUUACUCUCAGAGGAUAAGUGGCCGCAUGUUUGGAUGAAAUACGGGAAUGUUCUUGUUGAUAAUAUUGUUGAUAUCCUUAUGUAUGAAACUGUUGAUUCUAUGUCUGAUUUACGGUUUAUUUCAAACGAAGACGCAGAAUCUAAAUAUGAACGCACCUGUGCUUGCUGUUUCUCUGGUCUCUCUUUCUUGAUCAAUCAAAACUUAAUGAACGGCGUCCAUCCUGCCGAUGGGAAUACUAAGUCACAAAGCUUUCACGAACAUUACUUAGAGGCAAUCUCCGUAUUGCUUGAAUCUAAACAAUUAUGGGAGCUCCCUUCUUCUUCUCAUGGAAUCAUUAAACUCCGUUUGUUUCAAUUUUUGCAAAAUCUUAUGAAUUUCGACAAAGACUUUUUCUCCUCUUACAAAGGUAAAAUUUUAAAUCUCGUGCCGCGUAUAUUUUCCCGUUCCGACAGUAUAUCGUGCGUGUCUUUGUUAAAGAUGAUGUCCUCAUUGUUAACCGUUUAUCCUUCUUCUUCUGCCACUUUAGCAAAUCACCCAAAACGUCCUAUGCGAAAAUGUUUGCAGAAUCUUCUUCGUAAACGAUUAGCUCUCCCAAAUUCUGGCUUUUACACAACUUUUAUGACUUUUAUGACUCGUUUUUCGGCUGAACAGCUUGUCCCUUCCACAGAUGAUUUAAUCGAAUUUUCCAAUGCCUUUAUGGAGACUGCUCAACAAGAACAGCGUGUCUUUGCAACUGAAGUUUAUAGCUGUCAUUUUGAGUUCCUGUCUUUUGUCUUUAACACUUCUUUGGAUUCUCGAAUUAAAGAUACAGUAUUAGAAAUUCUCAAGUCUAUGUUUGUUGGCUAUUUUGAAGGAACCAUGAUUCCCCAAUGUCCUGUUUUUGAGUUCGAUAAGUGUUUACAGAGCAUAUUUCGUAAAAGUGAAAUUUUUUCCAACUUGUGGAACGAGGUACUUUACAAUUUCUAUGAAUCCCAUCCGGUACCUGACUCUUCGUCGUUUGAAGUUUUCUCAAGGUCUGUUAAUCUUGCCGUGCAAACUGCUUUGAGUUACAAAAAUAACAACAGGUCUUACGAUAUAGAAUACCAACGUAAUGUCCGACCUUGUUUACAAUUUUUGAUGCAGCUGUCUGCUAGUGAAAAUAUUCAAUUUGCUAGUCUUGCUGUUUCGCAUCUUACUAAGUUUUGUCACAUUUUUGAGAAAACAAAGUUUACUCAAUAUGUGCAGUCGGAUUUAAGCGAGUAUUUGGUAAACUUUUUGCCAUCUAUUAUAUUGACUCAACAGACGAAGCCGUCAUAUUUGGAUUUGCUUCACGAAAUUGUCUAUUUACUUAGAGAAUCUGAUAAUAUCGAUAAUCUUUGGUCCUCCGUCAUUGAUCAGUUGAUGACCGAACCAUUGAACACCGAAGUCCUCAAUUCACUUCCUCUUAGCUUUUCAGAUCCCCGCUUACGUGAUAAAGUUCCUUUGGUGGAUUCCCUUGUCUCUUAUUACGAUGAGACCGUGUCUAAUUUGAUUAGGGAGAAGCAUUACGAUUGGAACUUAAUAAAACUUACCAUCGACACAAAAGACAUUCUCAUUCCUGCUAAAUUGGUUGAGAAAUUUUUAACCUUGACCUCUAAUAAUUUUCAAGUGGAAUUACCAUUGAGUGUUUUGGAAAAUCACUUAAAUGUUUUAUGUUGCGCGUUCAAAUCAUUACGCCAUGACUUGGCUGAAAUAUUUGCACAAAAUGAAAGCCUUUAUUUAUUAUACCCUUUGCUAUUGAUAGACCCCAAAUUCUCUAGCAUUGAUGGUCAUUUGCGUGAUAGUUUAAUUGGGCUUUUCAAUGCGGAAUGUCAAAUGAAUGACGGUUUUACGAACUCUCUUUGCAAAGCAGUCUCCGACUGGAGCCGUAAGACCGUUUUAGAAGGCAAAUUUGAUACACAUAAAGCAGCGCAAAUCGUCGCUGAACUCGCAAAGUCGCAUAAAAGCAAAAUUCCCCUAUCUUUGUUUCUCUAUACUGAAAACUUUUGGAUUUCCACAUUGACUCCAUCUGUAAAUUAUUUUGCUAAGACUUAUUUUAUUGAUCAAGCACCUUGUUUUGGAUUCUCAGAGUUGAUUGAGAAAAAUCAGUCUGAUGAAGUUGUCGAUAGUAAAGCAAUUGCACAACUUUUUCAUGCUUCGCUCUACUCGUUGGUGUUUUGUGAAUACGACGAAAUGAGCUCUGAUCUUUUGCUGUAUAUAUCUUUGUCGCAUGCAAUUUUCUUAAUUUAUGUCCAAAAUGGAAUUGAAAUUUUCUCUGACAUACCUAUUGAAAGUGCUAAUGACUUUUGUCAAAGAUGUGAGAAAUUGUUCAGGAGACUGUUUAGCCUAGCACCUUUGGACAAUUCACUUACCUUUUAUUCAAAUUUCCUUGUUCAGCAUCAAAGCAGUGUUGGACUUGCUAUCCGUGAGCUGAUAAAGAUAAUCACUUCUUCUUCUGAUGUGAUGAGUGUCUGUGCCGGUCAAGCUAUCACAAAUCUACUGAAGAUAGCUUCUUCAAUAUCUGUUUUAAGCUCUGAUGAAUUCGAAACGUUAUGUAGCAGCUUGGAUAUUUUCGCUUCAAAAUCCGACAUCCUAGUCGUAGCCCUACUUGAAGGAUUUAAACCACUUGAAUUGGAUUCAGGAAUCGUUGAAAAGAUAAGGUUUAGAAGUGCCAGUCAAUUAUCUGGUAAAUUGGUUUCAAGUGCUUCUGUAACCAAAGCUUUGAUGACACUGAAUGCAUCUACACCGACUCAGGAUGAUUCAAAACCACUUUUGCCCAUUACCCGUUGUCCACUACUCUUAACAAGUCUUACUGAAUGGGCAAUUGAUAACGCUACAAAAUCUUUAGAUUUGUUAUCAUUGUCUCUGUUAUUUCAAUUUCUGCACCGGUUUGUUCCCUCCGUCCAGAAGUUUGCCGGUUCUUACUGGAACCGAAUUUUUGAAUUAAUAAAAUUUACACUUAAACUUUCUCCGGUGGAUAUUCCUAUGGUAAAGUCUAUGGAGCUUUACGCACUACGUCUAUAUCUUACACUUACAAAGAUAGCGGAAAUGAACGACGAUAUAUAUGAUGGACUCGUUGAACAUGAUGAUGAUAUAAAAUAUCUUGGCCUGAAGAGCUUCCUUUCUUACCAUGAAUCCAACCUAAAAUCUUCAGUGACCGCUGGACUUUGCAGCACCUACCUUGUAAGAUUAUUAGACAAUUGUUCGCAUAAGGCUAUAGCAAAAAUUCCUUACCAGGAACUUUAUCCUAAUUUGCUUGGCUUUCUGGAUUUAUCGAAUGAGGCCAUGUGCAUGAAAUUAUUGCAGGAUAAAAUCUCGAGCGAAAUUAAAGACUUGACGGUAUACUAUAUGGUUGAAAGUACUUCUGAACCAGACGUUUCUUUCGCUCCAGAGUUACUCUCUAUACUUAUUAAUUACGCUGAAAAUCCUUUAAAUAUUUUAGGUGAAAUAGACACUAUAGAGCCUGCUCUACGAUCGUAUCUUCUAGCAUGGGAUCUUGUUUUCCAUCAUUUUGAAGAAACGACUUAUCAAAUUAAGCUGGCACUCACCGAACAGUUGUUAUCGAUGGAUCUAGUGAGGCCAUUGCUUGCGAUCAUAGUAGAAAUUCUCCAGUUGUCCUAUGACAGACCUGUCGAUGUAAGUAAUUAUCCAAAGACAUCCUAUAAUCUUUUGGACUAUGCUUCUCCUUUAGAUCGAACUCGAUGCCUGUGUACGUAUAUAUAUUAUCAAUGUUUGAGGCAUUUGUCUUCAGCAGUUCGAGGAUACUGGUCAGAAAUUAAGAAUAGAGCUUUUACAUACACAGUUGAGUCAUUCACUGAGUCUAAUGUAUCUCCACUUUUGAUUUCUGCCUCACUUGAUGAUGUAGAGAAGGCGAUUUCUUCUUCAAGUUUUGAAACGUCUGGAGAUACCGUUGUAAAACUGAAUAGGAAUACGAAAGAAAUUUCCUUUAUAUAUCACGUUGACGAGCAUAAACUUGAGAUGGCGAUUAGAAUACCUUUGGCUUACCCUCUUCAUCAAGUACAGGUGGAGGGAAUUGAAAGAGUUGGCGUGAAUGAACGACAAUGGCGCGCAUGGAUUCUCGCUUCUCAGAGUAUUCUUACUUCCCAAAAUGGCUCGAUAAUUGAUGCCUUGCAACUUUUAAAGAGAAACAUUUCGAUGCACUUUGAAGGUGUUGAAGAAUGUGCUAUUUGCUACUCUGUACUGUCGGUUGAAAGAACACUACCAAACAAGCGUUGUAGUACAUGCAGGCAUAAAUUCCAUGCUUCUUGUUUGUAUAAAUGGUUCAAAUCGUCUAAUGCUAGCCGGUGUCCAUUGUGCCGUAGUAGCUUUACAUUUAUUUGAAAGCAAAAAGUUUCCUUUGUUUUUUGUUUAAUGACGAUUUAUAUAGAGUAGUUUAAUAUCUAAACUUUAGAUUUUUUUGGCUAGAUUUUUAUUGAAAUUUAAAAAUUCUAUGUCUUAGUGGUUUAUGGGAGUCAUCUGUUUACAUUGCGUACAACGAGUAUAAUGAAAA